AUAGAUAUCAAAGCAGUUUGUAUUGCUAGCGUGAAUGUUAUCGGAGAAAAUUGACGCUAAAUUCGYCUGAAUUAAUUUAUUUUUCAAAACUGCAUGGCAAAAAUGUGUUCGCUGACGAUGACGUUUUAUCGUUUUUGAUCACGUGGUUUUCCAAAACUCAUUUCGAUGCAAUGUGUGGAUUUUGAAGGAUAAACUCCAGCACAAUGAGCGCUUCAGAAGUACAGUGGAUCGGCUCGAGUUGUGGACGGCAUGGCUCCUAUACAUUCUACAAAGGAUUUAGAAUAAAUUCCCGAGGAGCAGAAAAAAGCUAUUGCCUAGGAGAGUUCUAUUUUGUCAGAAAUUCAGAAGAUAAACCGAUCUGUAUAGCAGAACUUCAACUCAUAUGGCACGACGCAGGCACUGAUAGUAAACUCGCUUCCGCGAGAUUGUAUUUCAAGCCCGAAAAUACUCCGUUUGGCCGACUAUCUAUUCACGGAGAGGAUGAGUUAUUGUAUGCUGACCAGAAAGUCAUUGUUAAAUGUGAGGACAUGGUUCAAUGGGAAUACACUGGUACAGAAUGGACAACAGGGCUGAUACCACCACUUGAAUCAGACUUUACUAUAACACAGGAAACCAGUAUAGAUGAAUUUACAGGAAAUACAGAACACAAGUAUAGACUACAAAAUAAAGCUUUACCUAGCAAUAAAGACUCCUAUGUGGAAAAGAUUAUAAUUAUGACAUUUCAAGCUUAUUGUCGAUAUAAAGCUUUGAUAAAAAGACUUGAGAAUGGAAUGACUAUAGCCAAGUCACGCCUUACUGCACUGGGUGGUGUUAUGGUCAGUAGUAAAUCAACAAGGAUUGUAUUUUGCCGAGAGUGUUUUAGCUGUCCAGAUGUAGAAAAAUUUCAUCUCUCAGGAGAAAAUAAAGCUCCAGUUCUCAAGGGAAGACCAAGAAAAAAGAGACUAAGAAACUCAACGUUAGCUAAAGAACUUAAACGGAAGAGAUUCCUUGCUGACUUGGAGAAGGUCAAGAACAAUCUCCUGACCAAGAAACCWAAGCUUUCUGAGAGCGAAGAAGGCACGGAAUCCGAUCUGUCCGAAGAAAGUGGAAAAUCAGGAGAAAGCAUGGACGAAGCGGAGCAACCACGUAUCACCGUGGAGACACCUAUUCACAAAUCCAAGCCACCCAAUGGUUUACUACCGGUGUCAAUCAAACAGGUCGUCAUGGUGAUUAACGACAAAGCAAAAGCUCCUCCACCUCUUAUACCGACCACUAAAUUAAAAGGAGUCGUUACUUCCCCUCCACCCUUACAGAAAGUCAAGAUGAAAACAGACGUUCCACUUGUGACAAAACUCGACGGUGGUCCUCCACCUCUGUGUCCAAUAACCAAACGUCCCGAGGUUUCUAUCAAGAUGUCGACUACGAUACAGUCGCGGGUCUCUGCACCUGAAAGUUCGAAACCUCAUCUAGAAACUUCGUUACCAUUGUCUUCAAAAGGGUACACUGUGGUACAAAGUGUCGGAAACCCAUCGAGUACUUCGACUGUUCCUUCGAUAGUUGGUUCAAAGACUGAUGGUACUAAAGCAGUCGAACCCAUGGGUGGUACAGACGGUAAAACAGUGGCGGACAGUCGACAGUUGGAGGGUAAAGAAAACCUGCUAGAUAGCAAUAAGACUAAAAAGAAAAGACUUCGUCAGCCUGGAAGCAUGAAAGAGUUUAAUGAGGACGUUGUCGAUGAAGAUGAAAAGUUCUUUAUGCGAUCGCUUCGCGAUUUCAUGAAAUCAAGAGAUACACCGAUCUCCAAGAUCCCGGCRUUGGGAUUCAAAAGGGUCAAUUUAUGGACCAUGUAUAAGACUGCACAGAAACUUGGUGGCUAUGAGAUGGUUACCACAAAAAGGUUAUGGCGUCAAGUGUACGACGCGUUAGGAGGAAGCACCACUAUAACCAGUGCAGCUACMUACACAAGACGUCAUUAUGAAAGAUUGCUUCUACCGUACGAGCGAUUUGUACGUGGACAACUGAAUGCCAAGAAAAGCACCUUUCCUCAGGCUACAAAGACGUCACAGGACAGCACCGUCCCCAGAGAACAGUUAAACCAUACGAACAACAGCACCCCAGCACCCAACAGAAUUAAAUCUACAGCUGACAAUGACAAGGUGUCACGCAUUACGGUCAACAGCGUUGGAAGUGCUCAGAGAAAAGAGCCCCAUGAUAACAAAGAAAUGCCUAGCGUGACAAGCAAUAUGUCACGGGAUGGUUUAAAGACUACUGUGGUUAAGAUGAAGCCUAAUGGAGCAAUUCCACCUUAUUCAGUGAGUAUACAGAGUGCAAAGAAAGAUAACGUGACACCAGCUACGAUCGUGACCAAGUCUGUYGACGUUCCGGUGUCACCWGUUCAUAGUUUGCCUGGUUCUGUACAAAGGAAUCCRACAGUUUCUGCUCCACUGAGCAAGUCGGUCGCGUCCGUGACACCGCAGCUCACACAACGYAGAACUAGCGUGACUUCAAGUGUAGCGCCUGAUCAAACUAGUGUCACACAUGCUCCACAUCAUGUAGUCUCGACAAGUAGUAGCAUCAAAAGCCCAACCAGUACGGCAUUGUGGAAAAAAGAUUACCUMGCGCCGAGUCUCGUGACACAAAAGCAAAACGUCGUYACUCAGAAACAACCCAUAAAGACUGAGAUAGUGACACCCAAGCAAGUAACGCAAGUAAAUURACGUGACCUACAAGGUKCAUCGACACACAAACCACCUUACAAAGCGAUUCCAGAGGAACACAAGAGGGCAGGUCCMCGUAAACCGUGCGAGGCACCCACCAAGUACUUAACCAUCUCAGAAACCUACGACCUGAUCCACUCUCAGGCCAGGAAACGAUCUCACGGUGAAGACACGGAACCGAGCAAGAAACCCAAUAUUGACAAUGUCCAUAGAAAUGAAAAUARUUCAAGGAARAGCACGAUAGAGCCAUUGGCAAAACGACGAAGAACGCCUAGUCCAUGUCACGCUGUUUCUCAACAUCACUAUGAUGUGUCACGUAAUCACCCUGAUGUGUCACGCAGUGUCAGUAGCGCUGAGAGRACAUCUCGCAACGUCGUUCGUCACAGCAGUACAAAUUCAUCCAGUCACGCAACGCCUACUCUUCAUACKAUUAGUGGAAUUGAAAAUGGACAUGUGCGGGAGAGUGUUGUGCACGCUGAGAGAGAAAAGUCGGACGAACAACACCGACACCAAGCGMUGACUUCACGCCCGAAAGAGAUCGUUGACUUAACGGAUGGCGAUUCRUCACCACCGUAUUCUUACCAUAAGUCAUCAUCUCCUUUCACUAAAAUCCCACACUCGUAUAACCAAAGGGAGCACGAGGCUGCAGGCUCUUGCCAAAGAACAGAUGGYCGUCURCAUGCAAACUCCAGGCAUUCACUCGUCACACACUCCAAAGUGACYCGUGAUUAUCGUGACGAARCUGCUCACGAAAAGAACAUUACGAACAGUGAAGUUUUCGACUACUACAAAGCAGAGAAACAGCCAGAGUUUGAUUACCCGACCAAGAGCAAUGAAAGAACGAUAUCUCAUCUAACGUCCGUCGAGAGUCCAGAUGCUCAUUUCCAGAAAUGGCGRCGUAGACAAGGAAUACCUCAGUAUCCUGCAUACAUCACUACUAACGAACCGCCUAGAAGACGACCGAGUAUUACUGAACAAUUACAUCCUCAGACUUCGCCUCAAGAACACCGAUACGUUUUCGUCCAGGACGACGGUAUGACUCCACGUAUCAUCGAGGAAGUGCCUCUUAUGCUGUCCAAACCCGGACUGUAUUGCCGUGACGAGUCUUUCUACGGGGCAAUGCCGUURUACCAGGGGGCGUGGCCGGCCACGGGCGUCGCGGACAGUGUCCAAUUCAAAGGUGACCCAGAAACGUUACGGAACAACAACCACUUACGUAGCACYUCUUGCGUAUUCAUGCCUACGUCACAAAUGUUUGGAUCGGUCGGACCAAUGGCGCCCAUCUCUCCKCCUAUCAUCAARCAAGGUCACGUGGCAGGUGGACCGGAAGCAAUGCAUCAGCACUGUAUCAUGACGUCACCAUACCCACACAAUCACGUGAUUGUUACCCAGACUGCRACYCGACCUCUUCACUCGUAUACGUGAUGAACGGCUAACGUCGUAGGGUUAGUUGAGUGAUUGUGUUGUUGAUUCAACUAAUUCAAACUGAAUGCUAAUUUUACUAUAUUGCUAAGAGUAAAAUGCUGCAUUUCUUCCUUAGAGCAAAGCAUUAGAUGCUUUGGUAGUAAUCCUCAUUUAGGUCUCACGAAGGUACUCAAAAUAGAAAAUAACAGGUCGUUGCAUAAGUUGUGUGGAGCUUAAGACGUGUCGUAUAAAAUGCUUGACAAAUAUACGUUUUUUUUACCAAAAAGCGACAGGUUUCUUUCUGAAUUUAAAAAUUUGUAUUGUUCUAAAUCAGAGUAAAAUGCUCUCUUGCUAUUUACCAUUAUUAUUUGUCAUGCGAAAGAUUUAAAAUCGUACUUUUUCUGGAGACUUUUGUGAGACCUUUAGGGGAACUUGUACCUGCGUACAUAUUGCAUGCGUAUCUAUCUAUCGAUUCAUAUAUUGUUACUGUUAUUGUUGGUCAACUGAAGAAGUCUUUGCACCAUAUUAGCUUGUAAUCACAUGACCAGUGGAAUUUUCAACCCUCCAAGCUUUAAUAUAUUCAACCCAGUUUGAUUGAAUCAAAGGUUGAGAAUUAUUCUGAUCCUUGUACACUUAUACUCGCUUGUAUAUAUAUAGAUUAAUAGAUGAAGAUAUAUUGUAAAUGGACGUCAAGGAUGAAGGGACGCUGUCAGGCUGAGACGCUUUUCGUCUUCCCUAGGCUGACAGUUUUGCUUCGUUCGAGUACUUGGUGUUGUAAGGAUUUAUGGGUAACCCUCGUCUGCCUUUCUUUCUCUCGUUCUUCCUUUCUUUUUUCGUUUUCCCUUCCAUCCUGUCUAUUUUCUUUCUUUUGUCUUUCUAUGCUUACAUCUURCAUCCUUUCUUUCAUUCCUCUCUUUCUAUUACACGAUUCUCUCUCUCUUUUCUCUACUCUCGUCCACAGUACCAGCUAUGAUAGUCCAUGUACAUCUAYAAUGAUUGAGUAGCUAUAGCUAUUUAUUGAAGUACAAAGAGUGAAUUAAUAUAAUUUAUAGAAAUUGUAAUUUGAAAAUAACAAAUUGUCCGAAAUGUCAUAGCAUAACCCUUGCAUCGCUAUCAGAACUUCAAAACCUCAAACAUGGCGAAAACAUAGAAACCUUAAGCUUAAUGUCAUUGGUUCAGUAAACUCUACUCUACUUUUUCCAAACGGUGUGAAAAUAUUUUCUACGAUAACCUUUUUACCACAGGCGAUAAUUUCAAAGUUUACCGAAUCUCUCGUCGAGAUUUAUCUGUCAAUCACGAGAAUAAUAGGCGGAGCUUUCGUGAAGGUGCUCGAUGAUUGGCUGCUCAUUUGAAUGACAUAUGAGGAAAUAAGUGUUUCUUGAAGGAUUUUUGUAACACUAUGUUGAGAGCUUUUACCUUUAUAAAACUUUUGCAAUCUUCGUUAUUUGGUUCUACAUACCACUAACAUUCUCAKAAYAUUUGCGUUGGAAGUUGGAAGUUGUGAUAGUUUUGCAAGGGUUUUUUAGUAUACAAUAUACAUAGAUAACUAUUUAAACUGCUUGCUGCAUAUUAUAAAGGAAACGAAAGCUAAAACGCUUUUGAUAACGUAAGCUACUUUAUUAGGAAUGAUCACAUGACUUUGAUGCCACGGUCUAGAUUCCAGGUUUUCCAGUCAAAGAUUUUCAGCUCGGCCAAACUGGUUUGCGGUGCUCACUGACUUUUGGCUAAAGUGUGUACAUUUAAUAUGCAUUGCAACAUGACAUAGGACUUUAUUUUGACCUCCAUUACUCAUUCGUAUUCGCAGUUUGCGCAAAACAGUCCCCAUCCUACCCCAUCAAGAUCUAAACGUGUGAACUCCCCACGURAACUGCUGGAUGCGGCAUUCACGGGCUCAAGUAGUGUUCAGUCUUGUGAUCUUUCCUGUACAAGCUUCAAUUAGAGUGUAAACUAGCAAGCAAACUUUCUUUAAAAGUUAAGGUUAUAUAAGCUUUAAAAUAUUUUUCUAAAAAAUUACUUUUUGUAGGCAAAUCAAAGACAUAUUUUUGUUGUUCUCUUUUCUACAAAACAUACAACUUCCAAAAUCUAUUUUUGUAAAUAUGAGAUAUUUUUGAGAUCAGGUUUUUCAUUGUAUAUAGUCUAUAAGAAGGUAUAUCCUGCUUAGACGGGGGUACUGCGUGAAAAUUAUAAAUAAUUUUGUACAAUUUCUAUGAUUAAACGAUCAUUUGAUAUUUA